GCAAAUGAACGAUGUUGUCUUCACGGGUUUUUGCUGGCUGUCCCUGGCAUAUUUCGCCAAGGCACAACAGCUGUGGUUAAUGUCAUGCUUCACAAAUCUAAUGGUCCAUUGACAGUUAAUUCUACUCUAAGCACUGCCUCAGAUGAUCUGAUAUGGACAUCAACACAGAAAACAAAACAAAAAACAUCAGGAAAUGGAGAAUUACAAUACUUUACCAUCGAGAUACCCAACAAUGUUGAACCAGGGCAAUACAAACUGGCAGUGAAUGGUACAAUUAGUAGGCAGCUUGCUGUUCGUGGAGUGAUGAGCAUUGGAAUUGCUGCAAGAGGUCCAACGGUAUUAGUGCAGACAGACAAGCCUGUAUACAAACCGGGUCAAACAGUUCGGGUGAGAAUUCUGGUAUUGGAUUAUGAAAUGAAACCAUUUGAUACAUCGGUAACAGUGGAGAUUGCAGAUGGCAGAGGCACCAAAGUUUUACAAUGGCUGAAUGUUCGACCAACAAAUGGACUUUUGUCUCGAUCUAUUUCUUUGUCUUCUCAGCCUGUUGCAGGCACUUGGAACAUUUCAAUCUUUUCAACCUUUUCCCCAAGUACUGAGAAACAGCUUGUUCAAUCAGUUUGUUUUGAUGUUAGAGAAUAUGUUCUUCCAAGAUUUCAAGUUCUUCUUUAUGUUCCAACGUACGUUGUUCAAGGUGACACUGACUUAAUAGGAGCAGUAGCUGCGAGGUACACAUAUGGAAAGCCAGUGCAGGGACGUGUUUGUGUAUAUGUUACUCCGACGUUUACGUCUUUGCAUUACUAUUCUCGUUAUCGUACUAUUAGCCCAACUACACUCUGUCAACCGAUUGAUGGAUUGUCUGAUUUUUCAGUGCUACUAAAAUCAGUCAUUAAAUACAAUAGAUGGCCAACAACUUUGGAAGUUAAUGUCACUGUAACUGAGGAAGGGACGGGUGUCUCCAUAAAUUCUUCUCAGCUCGUAAUGGUUGCAUCAAAACCAUUGCUGCUACACUUUCUACCUGGCACACCAUCCUUGUUUCAACCUGGUCUGCCAUUUACUGUCAAGGUGUUUGUCAUGACUCCUGAUUUUUUGCCAUUUUUGAAUGCAACUAUUGUUACUUUACAAUUUUACACAGACGAGAUUGAGUUGGAUGAAGUUGAGGUGGAAAGCAUCAAUGGAUCUGCAUCAUAUGAUGUAUUCUAUAGCCACAAUGGUUUUACGGAGCCGAUACGUGUUGUGGCGACAGUGGAAACAACAGGAGGUGACAAUCCAAAUGUUAGGUCACAUCACACCUUGCAUCCUCUUAUUACUCCGGACAAUGACCACAUUGAUGUGGUUGCUAGUGAUCUAGUUCUCACUGGUAGAGCUCAUGCUAGCCUGACAUUGCUGUCUACCAAGGAAAUUGAGACAACACUUUAUUUAAUGACUGUGGCAAAUGGCAGGAUUUGGGAUUCAUGGAGCAUGCUCAUUAAGACAUCAUUGUCAACUGUUUAUAACAGAGUACACGAGUUUACAUUUGAAAUGCCUGUAUCGUGUUCCCUGGCACCCACCUUUCACUUGGUGUCUUACUACUUAGCCAGGGAUUCUAUAGCUGUAUGGGAUACAACAAAGUUUGUUGUCCAAUCGUGCUUCUCACAUAAGGUUGACAUUUCUUUCUCGGUUAAUGAGACACGACCUGGUGAUGUCGUGGAACUGUCAGUGAAAGCUGAUCCUGGGGCCACAGUUAGCUUGACAGCUGUUGACAAGAGCGUUUACCUUUUGCCUUCUUUUUGCAGCAGCCAAGUGACAGUUGAGAGGCUUAUGCGGGAAAUAUCAAAGUACAGCAUUGGAUUGAGCUCUGACUUUGAAGCUUUGGGAUCUGGUAGCAGUGAGGCAAGUGAAACUGAUGAUGUUGUUGACUCAGAUCUUGAUUCACGUGAUCCAAGACAUUGGUGGCGGCAAUGGUGGAAGAAUGCAGAUGUACCACGUGUGUUUAAGUCAUCUGGUCUUGUUGUACUUACCAACUACAUAUUUGGAAAUGGCAACACAAGGCGCGUCAAACGCUUUGCUCGUGGAGGUUCAGGAUUUGGGUUUGGUGAUGAUGAAGAUGAUCCAUUGGGUGAAGAACCACAGGAAAGCCAGAGAGUGAGAUCAUAUUUUCCUGAGGCUUGGUUAUGGGAAGAACGAAAGGCAAAUGAAAAUGGCGAGGUACACAUGAAUGUUACAGUUCCUGACACAAUUACUACAUGGAUUGCUGAUGCUUUUGCUAUUUCUGCUGAUUCGCCUCUUGGAAUGGCUGAGAUACCGUCAGCUCUUGUCGCAUUCAAGCCAUUUUUUGUAUCUCUCAGUCUUCCGUAUUCUGUAAUAAAUGGUGAAGAGGUUGCAAUAGUUGCUACAGUGUUCAACUAUUUUUAUGAAGACACAGAGGUGGUUGUCAUUAUUGACAAUUCAACAACUGGGUUUGACUUGGUUGGAGAUGGAGUAUCCAAGGUGUUACUUCAAGUUCCAGGCAAUGACAGCAUUACAACUCGAUUUCCCAUUGUUUCACGUAAACUGGGCAACAUACCCAUUCAAGUAACAGCUUUGUCAUCAACUGAUUCAGAUAUUGUUCUAAGGAUGCUUCUUGUUGAGCCUGAAGGCAUUGAACAAGAAUUGUCUAAGAGUCUGAUGAUUCGUGGAGAGACAAAAGAAGUGAUGAAUUUGCAACCACCUUUACCAGUUGUCAGUGGAUCUGUCAAAGGAAUUGUGUCAGUCACAGCUGGUUGCUUGAAGGUGACAUAA